AUGACACCAGAUGGCGCUAGAGUUGAUUUUUUAAUUAAUUCUUCUCUACUACCUUCUGCGCCCUCUGGUGUUACUUUAUUGAAAUACGUUGUAGAAGAAAAAGUUGCAGAAUACAUUAAGAAACAACUUUCUCAAACAUACCUUAUACCUAAAUCCUAUAGUUUAAGUUUUAUAUUUUAUUUUCAUUCACAAAUUCAGAGCGUCAUACGAGCAACGAACACGAGCAACGUACUUGGUAAGCUCUAUUUAAAAGUGCAAGAGGUUUCAGAAAAAUCUCAAGCCAAACCUAUUAUAUCCAGCUUUGAAUUUUGUGACCGUCAUACGAGCAACGCUGGGAUUAGCCAUAUCUUGACAGUGCUUAAUGCAGAAAAAUUUUUAAUGCACUCAUUAAGAAGAUUACAAAAAAUGAAAGUUUCAACUCAACCAUCUCAAAAAUUCGGAAUGAGUUUCGUUUUUGGCUUUUUGAUUGGAUUUUUAUGGAGUUUGAUUUAUUUCUUUGGAGACACUUCAUUUUUCUAUGCGACUUUAGUCAAAAAGGAAGUCCUUCCACAAGUAUACGUCAUAACACCCACCUACAGACGACAAGAUCAGUUGGCUGAUUUAACUGGAUUAGGGUACACGUUGAAGCAUGUUCCAAAUUUGUUAUGGCUAUUAAUAGAAGACUCUGAUUCACUAAAUCCACUUGUGGCGGAUCUUCUAAAGAAAAUUAAUGUUCCUUUCGUUCAUUUAAAUGGCAAGUGUUUAACACAUUAA